AUGGCAAAGUUUUUCGAAAAUAUAUGGGAAAACAUACUUGUAAUAGUCUUGGGAGUUUUGCCUCUUGUUUAAAAUUUAGUUGGUUUAGUAUGGAAGAAACAAAAUAAAAGUAAGAACUCAUGCAUCUAAAGAUAGACUAUAAGGCUGCGUAGUUAAAAUUUAAAGAAAAGAGAAAUAUUUUUAUUUUGAAUCUAUGUUCAAUUUACACAAAAAUAGCAAUUUUAUGUAUGUUUACACUUUUGUCAAUAUUACAAAUAGUCAUCAAUACAUAAUUUCAUUCAGAGUAUAUUAUAUUAUUUUAACUAGUUAUGUUUUGAUUAUAAUUAUAGAAUUUUGUUAGAUAAUUAAUUAUUUGUUGACAGGAUUGCAAGUAUUUGAAGAUGCAGAUAAAUAUGGAUAAACAACAUUUGUUACUCAAUUCAAUCUUAUUGUAUAUUAUGGAAUAUCUAUAUAGUUGCAAUUUCUAUGUUUUUGUGGUUUUGCUAUUAUCUUAUUUACUUGGUAGAAUAAUAAUGUAGAUAAAUUUGUGAUCAGACAUGAAGACAUUAGUUGUUGGUUAAUGUUUAUCUUAAGAGGAGUAGUCCUUUUAUUAUUUUCAGUCUUGGUGUUCUUUAUGCCAUAAGAUAAAAAGCUUCUAUAAACUGUUGUAUCAGAAUACAAAUACAAAAAAUAGAUGCUUGGUAAUGAUGAAGAAACCUAGAUAAGGUAAUAAUUAUUAACAAAUGAAUCUACUUUUACAUUUUGUUAACCAGACUCUUAAAAAUAAUAAGAAAUUACAAAUAUAGAAGUGAAAUCUUAUUAAGACAAUAAGGAUAUAAAUACAUAAAGAAAAUAUAUUAUUUAUGAAAUUACUUUCAAAUAUCAGGGCAAACAUAAAAUAGUAUUUAGAUCUUUCAGUGAUUUCUUAUCAUUUCAUAGAGAUUUAUCAUUAACAUAUCCAUAAAUAAAAUUACCUUAAUUUCCAUAAAUGACAAGAUAUCUCACUCCAUAAGAUAUUGAUAAUAGAAGAUAAUAAUUAGAUUUAUUUUUAUAAGGAAUAUCUAUACAAUUUAAUGAUAAUGAAUUGCUGUUAGAUUUUUUGAAUGCUACUGGAAAGUGUUUAUAAUACAAACCAAGAAUACCUUUACCUUAACAAUAAUAAUAAUAAAGACCAAAAAAGAUUGCAACAUAGUAAUAAUAUUCAAAAGCAAAAUCUAUAUAAAGUUUGAUACCAGAAACUAUUUGGGAAGGAUAAAAUGAUGAAGAUGAAGAGAGUAUUGAAGUAGAUACAAGAAAAACAAAGAAGGCUUCUACAUAUGUAAAAUUUUAAUUUGGAGAAGAAACACAAUAUUAGAGAUUUAAUAGUGCUAAUGAUCUUGAUGAUGAUCAUAGAACUUUUGAUUAUGAGAAACCUUCAGAUGGUAUUAAUAUAUAUGAUAUAUUUUAUAGAUUAAAUAGGCUUUGAUUAAUUUUAAGAUAAUGAUCACUCUUUUGAAGAAGAAGAAAAACAUUCAUCACAAAAUAUGAUGACAAUGUAAUGA